AUGGAGGAAGAAAUUAGCAGGCCAUCAGAGCAUACCCAAGGAGUUCCAGAAGGGAAGAUGGAAGAGGCAGAACAAAUGACUAGCCCUGAACAAAAAAAGGAAUCAAAAGAGAAAGAAGUCCUUCAACCUUAUGUGCCAAAAGCACCAUUCCCUCAAAGACUCAGGGAUGGUGAGAAGGAGAAAACAUACACUAGAUUCCUGGAUGUAUUUAAGUCUCUUCAGGUCAAUAUUCCCUUCCUUGAGGCCCUUCAACAGAUGCCCACAUACAUUAAAUGUAUGAAAGAGUUUCUGACUAAGAAGAGUACCCUGAAGGGAGGACAGACAGUAGUGCUGAAUAAGGAAUGUAGUGCUCUCAUCCAGAAGAACAUGCCUACAAAGAAAAAGGAUCCAGGAAGUUUUCAUAUUCCCUGUACCAUAGGAGAUAUAAUGAUUGACAGAGGAUUUUGUGAUCUGGGAGCAGCAUAA